AAUGGCGAAGGAGAGGAAGGCAGCGAGGCUCAGAGCGCCGCCGGUGACCACGACAGGCGUUCAUGAUGUGGAAAUUGAGCUGUCGAGGGAGGCAAGCCCCUACAGCUUGUCGAGCGGCAUCCUUCCUUCCCUCGGCGCUAGGAGUACUCGUAGGGUCAAGCUUCGGAGGUUCAUCGUCUCCCCGUACGCCCGCAGAUAUAAAGCCUGGGAGACUUUUCUUAUCGUUCUGGUCGUUUACACUGCGUGGGCGUCGCCAUUCGAGUUCGGAUUCCUUGAGAGAUCGAGGAGAGCUCUGGAGCUGGUGGAUAACGUCGUCGAUGCAUUAUUCGCAGUCGAUAUCGUCUUGACCUUCUUCGUGGCUUACGUCGACAAAACAUCUUAUCUGCUUAUAGACAGUCGGAAGAAAAUUGCUUGGAGGUACCUAUCCACCUGGUUCGUUCUGGAUCUUGCUUCCACUGUCCCUUUAGAGAUCGUCCGAAGGAUUCUACCUCGCAAGCUCGGAUCUUAUGGGUUCUUCACCAUGCUUCGGCUUUGGCGUCUCCGAAGAGUUAGCUCACUUUUCGCUCGAUUAGAGAAAGAUAGGAAAUUUAACUACUUUUGGGUUCGAUGUGCGAAGCUUACCUGUGUCACCCUCUUUGCGGUGCAUUCUGCCGGUUGCUUCUUUUACCUUGUCGCUGCAAGGUAUCAUGAUCCCAGCAGAACAUGGAUUGGGGCGUCUAUCCCCGACUUCCAUGUCCGAAGCUUGUGGGUCCGUUAUGUCACAUCAUUGUAUUGGUCAAUCACCACCCUGAGCACCGUGGGGUACGGAGACUUGCAUGCUCAAAACACAUGGGAGAUGGCGUUUACCAUUGUUUACAUGCUCUUCAACCUCGGAUUGGCCUCCUACUUGAUCGGAAACAUGACCAACUUGGUCGUGCAUGGCACCAGACGAACUAGAAAUUAUAGGGAUUCGAUUCAAGCAGCCACAGGUUUUGCUCAAAGGAACCAGCUCCCGGACCGGCUGCAAGACCAGAUGAUCUCGCAUCUCAGCUUAAGGUUCAGGAUAGAUUCUGAAGGGCUUCACCAGCAAGAAACACUCGACACCCUUCCUAAAGCCAUUCGUUCCAGCAUUUCCCACCACUUGUUUUACCCUCUCGUUGCUAAGGUCUACUUGUUCCGGGGGGUCUCUCAUAAUAUGCUUUUCCAGCUGGUGUCAGAAAUGAAGGCUGAAUACUUUCCACCAAGGGAAGAUGUCAUCUUGCAAAACGAAGCGCCUACAGACCUUUACAUAGUAGUCACCGGCAUUAUGGAUUUGAUUGAUCAUAGGAGCGGAGCCGAACAGGUUUGUGGAGUGGCAAAGACAGGUGAUGUUGCUGGGGAGAUAGGAGUCCUUUGUUGCCGACCACAAGCGUUCACCGCACGAACAAGGUCGUUGUGCCAACUCCUGCGGUUGAAUCGUACCACGUUCCUCAGCAUCGUUCAGUCCAACGUUGGAGAUGGCACCACAAUCGUCAACAAUCUGCUUCAGUAUCUGAAAGCGCAGGAGGAUCCUGUGAUGAUGCGCGAGCUGCGGGAGAUAGAGAACAUGCUGGCGCAGCAUCGAUGUAUUUGCUAUCUCAACUUCGAUGCUUGAGAGGCACAUCAAAUACGUCUAGAAAAGCUGCAUGUAAUUUUGCCUCUCAACGUCGAUUGCCACGAGAAACAAGCAGCAUCGAUGUAUUUGCUAUCUACCGCCGAAGCUUGUGCUUAUGUAGCGCUUUCUGGGCCAAAGAAUGAGCAGAACAGAUUCCAAUCAACAUGUGAAGACGAUAGAUAGAUCAAAUGUAAAUAAUUUGAUCCACUUGGAUUCCAAUCAACAUGUGGCUGCAUCGACAGGACCACAUGAUUAAUGUUAAUUUGAUUUGAUUUUA